GUGAGGCGUGUGGGGCGGCGAGUGGCGAGGCGGCGAGGGGGCGAGGUGAGGGGGCGUGGCGGCAAGGUGGAGGGGGCGCGUGGCACUGUGCCGCCUGGAGUCAGUCUGAUCCUGGUGUGCCGACCACGCGGGUGUCUCCUGGAGUGUUGAACAGGCAGUCCCCGUCCUUGGCAGCCUCUCGCGUCGUCGGCACUCACACACGCACACAACCAGACACACCCUCCCCUCCUUUACACACACACAGGAUGGGUCGCCGCAGGAUCCAGCGCUGCAACACGGCCGAGCUGAGGGACCUGGUGGAUCCCAUUGGGUCAAGAUGGUACCGUCCCAUCAACUCCUUCGAUGAGGUCUUCCCGGGGGUCCUGCUCGGCGACGCAGACACGGCGCUGUCCACGCAGGAGAUCAAGGACAACAACAUCACGCACAUCCUGAACGCCGCGCAGGGCACCAACAACCACGCCUACAGCGGCUACGUGGGCACCAACCCUUCCUACUAUGCCAAGCUGCGCAACAUCAAGUUCAUGGGCAUUCCUGCUAUGGACAUGCCCAGCUUCUACAUCCGCCCUUACUUGCGUCAGGCUGCGGAUUUCAUCGACAAGGCGCUCAAGGAAGGAGGCCGCGUCUUGGUGCACUGCGUGUGUGGCAUCUCCAGGUCCGCGGCCCUCGUGGUGGCCUUCCUCAUGCUGAAGCGAGGCAUGAACGUGCAGACUGCUGUGUCCACCAUCAAGAAGAAGCGCAACAUCUACCCCAACCAGGGCUUCAUGAGCCAGCUGUGUGACCUGGACUACGAGCUGCGCAAGACCGGCGAGCUGCCCGCCGACAACGUGGAGCUCGGCCCCGGCCCCAUCACCAUGGAGCGCGAGGAGUCCCCGAUCCGCAACCUGUCCGCCUACCCGCGCUUCACGCUGGUGCCCGCCAAGACCAUGGACACCUACACCAGCACCAAGAACUUCGUGACGCCGCGCCGCGCCCGCUCCUGCGAGAGGUACGACGUGGCCCCGCGCAAGUCUGUGGCCGACCACCACCCGCUGGUGGAGGUGCCGCCGCGCCGUGAGAGCCGCAGCCCCUCCCCUCGCGCCAGCUGGUCGUUGUCAAGCCCAACCUGUACGACCUGGGCGACAACGACGUGGGCGGCAAGGUGUUCGACACGUACGCCCGCUACGCCCGCACCUUCGCCAGGCCUCCGUCCACGGUGAGCAAGGUGCCCUUCGACCCCUACCUCAGCCUGCUGCGGCAGCCUCGCACCUACUCCUACGACAACUACUACCCGCUCGACUUCGACCUGGACACGUACAGGUACCUGAGGGCCAAGAGCCCCUUCCUCCCCGAGACCGUCGUCACCGCCACGCCCGUGUACCGCUCCUACAAGAUCGUGCCGGACCGCCCCGACGUGUACGGCAGCUCCUCCUACAUCCCCGCCUACCCCUACACGCAGCGCUACCUGCCCUCCGCGGCGAGCUACCCCGCCGCCUACCGCGCCCUCACCGCCACGCCCGUCACCCGCACCAUCUGGAUCUAGGCUCGCCACGCGCCCGCACGACCUGCGCCUCCUCCCCUCCCCGCCCCUCACCCCCAAGCAGGCAAGGCACCCAGCGAGGUGACCUAGCGCCGCGCCUGUGUCACCCUUUGGGGGUGGAAGGCGAGCAGGCCGCCACACACUUCCCGAUAACACCGAUAACACCUCCUCCUCCUCCUCCGAUUAAACCACUGCAGGUCUUAGGCGCCGAACGAACGAGUGGGGGAUGUAGAGACAGCACUGAGAGGGAAAGGGGAGGAGGGACAUGAGGAUAGGGAGGACCACGAACACGCAGGAGGAGGAGGAGGAGGAGGAGGAGAAGCAACACUCGUCCUCACACCACCAUCAGGAUCUUCCAAAUCAGAAUUACGUCAAUACAAACAAUAAUGAGGCAAUGAUGGGAGGGGAGGGGAGGGGAGGGAAGGGAAGGGGAAGAGAGAGGGGGGAAGGGGAGGAGGAGGAUACAGUUAGAAUGGAAGAGGGAAGGAAGGGGAGGAAGGGAACACAGUACUCAAUAUUAUAAUACCCUAGGGCUUCCCACAAUUCCUCCUCCAUCACCACCUCCCACACAUCCCCCUGCCUGCUCCCCUCUCCCCCUCCCCACCUCCUGAAGAAAUGGGGGCAGUGAUUCCUGGGGAGUAAAUCACGCUGGGGAGGAAAUGUGAGAGGGUGAUGGGGAGGAAUGACUCUCCCUUCUCUCCUUUCCUUCACCCUUCCUCUCUUCCUUUCCUUCCCUCCCUCUCUUUCCCUCCCCUCCCCUCCCCUCCCCAAUCAGUGAAGUACUAAUGCUUUUAAUAAAAAUAAAAUCGAAUAUUUGUA